AUGACAGAAUCAGAUCCGUAUGAGGGAACAACAUUAAAAACAACAACAAAUGUUGUUGAUUUUACAUUAAAAGUUGAAUGCGAACGAAUCUACGGACAAUAUCUUAGCAUCCAAUGUACGAAAGGUGCAUUUUUAGGAAGUGCAACAACAUUAGAAUCGGUCACAUUUCCAGUUGGAUCACAAUUAAAAGAAGUCUCAGAGUGUGCUUUUUAUAGUUGUUCAAAACUUAGUGCUAUUGAUUUCAGUCAUUGUGAAUUACUGACAACAAUUGGUCAAUAUGCAUUUUCUGGAUGCACAACAUUAUCCAAUGUCAUUCUUCCUAAAUCUCUCUCAACAAUAGCUCCAUAUUGUUUCUAUUCCUGUAAGAUUCAAUCUAUUUCUAUUCCAAAGACAGUAAAAGCUCUACGAUCAGCCUGCUUUCAUAAUUGUAGAUCUCUUGCCCAAAUUGAUAUCCCAUCAGAUUCACUUUUAGAAAGGAUUGAAUGGAGAUCCCUAAGAAGUACAAAAAUUUCGUCGAUAUUUAUUCCAAGGUAUGUAUCAUAUUUGGAAGCAAGUGCUUUUGAAGAUCUAAGUACACUCACAACCAUUGAAUGUGACGUAUCAAACCAAAAUUUCAAAGUCAUUGGUGGAGUUCUUUAUAGUUAUAAUGAAACAGUAUUAAUAAAAUUUCCUCCAGCUUUAAGCAAAACAUUUACAGUCCCAGGUAAAGUUAAAACGAUUGCAAAUUCAGCUUUUGUGAAUAGCAUUAUAGAGUCUGUAACACUGAAUAAAGGCUUAGAGACUAUUGAAGGAUGGGCUUUUGCAAGCUCGAAUUUGAAAUCAAUUACAAUCCCAGAUUCCGUUACAUCCCUUGGCCAAAAGUCUUUUGCUCUCUGCCCAAUUACUUCCAUUACAUUUGGAAAAGGACUAACGGAAAUUCCUAAAGAGUGUUUUUACUCUACACAAUUGACAAAUAUCUCUAUUCCAUAUGGAAUAACAGAUAUUGGAGAUGCAGCAUUUGGAUCAUGCAAUAAUUUGAAGAGUGUAGUUUUACCAUCAACAAUAAAGAAUAUUGGAGGAGGGUGGGUAACUAGUAGUCCUGUUAUCAAUGUUACCGAAGGUGCACAAGUUAGUAUUGAUGACCAAUUGAUGUUCUACAAUCUUGAUAAAUCUAUCUUGAAUAUGUGUCUUAACAAGAGUGAUUAUUAUCUAAUUCCAUCGACAGUGAAGACUAUCAGCAAUGAAGCAUUCAAGUCUAUUACGGUCCUUACUCGUAUCGAAUUUGAAUCAAGUGAUAAUCUGACAAGCAUUGGAUCUUCCGCAUUCAGAGAUGAUAUUAAUUUGAAUUCAAUUAGCAUUCCAACAUCAGUUGUCAGUGUUGGUGAGUAUGCGUUCUCAGGAUGUUCAUCAUUAACAUCCAUCUCAUUUGGGAGCAAACUCACAAGUCUUGGUCAGCACUGUUUUGAUGGUUGCAGAUCUCUUGAACGAAUGAUCAUUGGCGGUGGCAGUACAUACGACAUCUGGGCGUGUUCAUUCCUCAACUGCAUCAAUCUUCGAGAUGUUAAUCUUGGUGAAGGACUUCGAAAGAUCGAGAUGCAGUUAUUCAGCAACUGUUUUAGUCUCAAGUCAAUCAGUUUCCCAUCAAGUCUUAGCUACAUCGGCAUAUACUGUUUCUCUCUCUCCGGUGUCGAAGAAGUCACAUUCUCAACUUCUAGCACUAAGAGUUUUAUCGACGCAUACAGCUUCAGCCACAGUCACAAUCUUAGUCGCAUCACACUUCCACCUAACAUUGUUGCCAUUGGUGAUAACAGCUUCGAAGGCACAAGCCUCAUCUCUUUCGAAGUUGGCUGCACUGUUGUUAACAUCUCAGACUACGCAUUCAGCAGUUGUUCAUCUCUUACUACAUUCACUAUCAGUGAAUGUAGUGUUCUUGAGCGCAUCGGCACUCUCGUCUUCGACGGUUGCACAUCACUUCGCGAGAUUUUUUGUAGCAGCAGCAGCAACUUCUUCGAAGUCGACAACGGUGCUCUUUUCAACAAAGGUCGUAGCACGCUCAUCUGCUUCCCUCCUGCGUCACCUAUCAAGUACUUCAGCUUCUCACAGAACGUUCGUAGUGUUUCUUCCAGUGCAUUCAUUGGAUGCAAGAACUUGCUUAGUGUCACAAUCCCAGACAACAGCAUCGAGACCAUCGGUCCAUAUGCAUUCUCUAACUGCACUAACCUACGUUCUAUCAACAUCCCUCUUUGUGUCAAAGUCGUCAGCCGAUCAGCAUUCUCAGGCUGCGACAACCUCCGCUGCGGUGUUCUUGUUGACAGCACUAACAACACAUUCAGACGCAAUCUCAUUGAUGUUGCAAAACUUCCAUCGACAUCACUCCAUGACUGCUCACUAAUAACAUGCAGACAUGACUAUUAUCAACAAAGAAUAUCAUUUAUAUCUUAUACAGUUUUCAUUCUUAUGUAA